CCAUCUCUGACUUUCUCUUCAUGGUGUUGCAUACUGAUGAUGAUGACAUUUCUCUUUGGCCUGCAUUGGUACAUGGACAGCACCAUUUUGUCAUGUUUCAUCACCUUGGUGCUGAACAGCUGUGCUCUCCCUCGCACAGAAGGUGGGAGCUCCUGCUUGUUCCUGUUGAUGGUGACUACCAGGCUGGUAUUUUUGGAGAGAAGCACUUUGAACUGGAUUGGAAACUACAAGAGGUCCUUUAAAGUUUCUUCUGAGCCCCAGCCCUCAAAGCCAAACCGUCACACAUGAGAGCUGUCGCCAUACAAUCUUCUUUGUCGGAACAUUGUCAGAAACAAAGGCACUAUGAACGAUAUUAAGGGCAGGUGGUCCACAUUAGGGAAAGAUGAGAAGCAGAAAUACUUUGAAGAGGCAGUAGCACCGAGGGCACAAGGGUUGGCAAAGGACCUUAGCUCUGAGAUGAGGGAGCUCAAAAUGCAUCUGAAGCAGCUGAAGUUUGAGCUAGCUCUUCAGUUGUGCUUCUGCAUGCCAUUUGGCUCUAUGCAAAGUGGGAAAAAUCAGGUAACUAAAGAAUAAUACAGGCCUACAUGUGAGUCUUUAUAUAGUGCUGGGCCAUUGCAAACACCCAGAACAGCUUUGCAUGCUUUGCAUUUUGUUAUAGAUUCUAUAUGUAUCUUUAACACUUUGUUAGGGAUGUGACACUAUUCCUCAGUGGGAGUUUUCAUGAAUAUAGUGGAACACAUUUCCUAAAGUCCAGUUCAGACCAAAGAUUCAGCUCUGUACAUCUUGGCAGAUAGUGAAAUCAUAUUUGCUACUGUCCUGUGAAAUAUUCAAACUGUGGGGCUCAGAGGCUUAAUGAGGGGUGUUUGGCUGUUUGGAUUCAUUGUGCUUUAAUCAUUACUUGUGCAAAAGCUUGUCCAGAUCCGAGUCUUUGUAUUAAAAUUUUUGGGAGGUAAAAUGGCUGACCUUAACCCAGAUUAAUUCAAAUAUAUAUAUCUGUAAUAUUAGUAUUUAGGCUAACACUCAUGAUGUAUAUAAAAACUAUGCAUUAUGAGGCUUGUGUGUCUCACUUAAUGGCUUUUUCAUGUAGUCACUGUAAGGGAUAUGACUUUUUAAACAAAUACGCCCAGUAUUAUAUUUACAUACAAUAAAUAUUUUUACCAAAAACAGUGUGUCAGGAAUUGUUCUUUGAUACAGUGUCAGCAGGAUCUGAGAUGGUGGGUGUCAGUUCUGGUGGAUUGAUAUGCAAUACCCCAAUUUUCAUUUGGCAUCAGUUAUAACAGAAUAAGCUGCCUUUGAGACAUUGCUUUGAAUAUGUUGAUGAUUUCAUCUAACUGGCUUCACCUCCAGAAUAUUUUUGUUUUUCCUU